GUUUCCUUCAAUUUUUUUAAAUUUCAAGAUUAUAUGUCAUUGUUUGUAGAUGGCGCUAAUAACUUGAGCGAAAAUGGGAUUAUUUCUGCAAGUUUGAAAUUUAUUAAGGAAAAUGGAAUUUAAGUUUAAUUUUAGAAAACCUGAAGGAGAAAUUAAUGAAUGGCUGUCUAGUGGAAACGACGAAGUUAACAAUCAUCCAGAACGAUUACAGAAAGAAGAAAAUAUAAGAAAGUUUGUUGAAGUUAUUCCGGAUAAUUCAUUAAAGAUUGAAGGUGAUAAAUAUAAAAUAAAUAAUUUGAAAAUUGGAGACUGUUUUUUAUCUUACAUUAGUAGUGAAGAUAUCCAGUCAGAUACACUGGAUACUAUUCAGUUAGCCAGUAAAAAUCACUCUGAUUUAAUUCCCGGAAUUUAUGAAGGAGGUUUGAAAAUUUGGGAAUGUACAUUAGAUUUAAUUAAUUAUUUACAAGAAAAUGAUAUUGUAAAGAAAGGAAUGAACAUUUUGGAUCUAGGUUGUGGAGCAGGACUUGCUGGGAUUUUUGCAUACUUAAAAGGAGCAAAUGUCGAUUUUCAAGAUUAUGCAAAAUGAAGAAGUCCUGAAACAUCUAACUAUUAAAAAUGUGUUAUUAAAUGUAAAUGAACAAAUGACAGAAAUUCCAAAGUUGUGUAGAUUUUUUGCCGGUGACUGGAAAAGUAUUAAUGAUCAUUUUAAUAAAAUUUUUUUGGAAUGUCCAAAGUAAGU